AUGGCCGAGAAGAAUAACGAGACGGGCGAGUCUCGUCGCAUCUCCGAAGUGAAACAGACUCUCAAUCAAGGCCAGGAUGACGCGAUAGAGAUACUCGCCAACGAUGGCGAUGUCUUUGAGUACGACGAUAGCGAGGCGCGAAUGGUUCGCUGGAAGUUUGAUCUGAUUUUGCUCCCCAUGAUGGCCAUGACUUAUAUUCUAUCCUUCAUGGACAAAACUGCCUUAUCUGAAGCCUCUAUAUUUGGCAUCCAAGAAAGUAAUCAUUUAAUCGGGCAGCAAUAUAGCUGGGCCAAUUCCAUAUUUUACUUCGGCUAUCUAUUUGCACAAUACCCAAGUUCAAUUUUGAUGCAAAAGCUACCUAUCGGAAAGUACUUCGGCAUUAUGAUUAUCCUUUGGGGUGUGGCAACGACUUGCACCGUUGCGAGCCAGAACUUUGCAGCUCUAGCCGUUUGUCGAUUCUUCCUGGGUGCCUUCGAGACAUGUAUUUCGCCAGUUCUUACGAUCCUCGUUGGUCAAUACUGGACUCGAAAAGAGCAACCUCUCCGAGCUUCAAUUUGGUGGGCUGGUGGAGCUGUUGGCGGAUUCAUUGCGGAUUCCAUCACUUAUGCUGUCUCUGGGGGUGCACUCAAACAUUCGAAAUAUGAGACAUGGCAGAUUGUUUUUCUGGUCUUCGGCCCCGUCACUAUUGCAUGGGGAUUUUUCCUUUACUUUCUCAUGCCGACGUCUCCGAUGACGGCAUGGUUUCUCACAGAGCGCGAACGAAAGAUUAGUGUGAUUCGAGUCGCACAAAACCACACCGGUAUCGAAAACAGACAAUAUAAGCUCUACCAAGCCAAAGAGGCUCUUCUCGAUGUCCAAGUGUGGAUGCUAUGCGCUCAGGCAUUUUUACAGUGUAUCCCCGGUGGGGGCCUAACAGCCUUUUCAAAGCUCAUUAUUCGGGGCAUGGGAUACUCAGAUCGCGAGUCUGUUGUCAUGUCUAUGCCCUCAAAUGCAGUUCAACUAGCUUCCAACGUAGUAGCCGGUACCGUCUCACAGCUACUGCCAAACUCUAGAUGUGCAAUGAUGAUUUCAGCAAACGCAAUUGUGUUGAUAGGAAGUGCUUUGGUCGAGACAUUACCUACUUCGAAGGGCCUCGGAGCUUUCUAUAUCACAUUUGUCAAUACUGUCCCAUACAUUAUGUGUAUGAGCUUGAUAUCAUCGAAUAUUGGCGGUUUCACCAAGAAAACCACAACCGGGGUAAUGAUGUUCAUGUCUUACAGCGUGGGUCAGAUUGUGGCUCCGCAGUUCUUCCUAACCCGAGAAGCUCCACGGUACCCAACAGGAUUCCGCGCAUUCUAUGUGAGCGUGGCACUGAUGAUCGUGAUUGAAAUUGCCAUGAUUGUCUAUCUCUGGAGACGGAAUAUCAAGAAAGAACGAGAGGCCACCAGCAUUACGAACGAGGCAUCGAGAUUCUCCUUUGCAGAUUUUCAGGAUUUGACCGACAAAGAACACCCCGAUUUUCGAUAUGUGUUUUGA